UCCGUCAAAUGAAGAUCCAUUCCCACACAACUGUUGAGUAAUCAUUUACUUUUUCUUGGGUGGUGUGGGAGGUGUAGUGUCAUUUGGAUGCUCCUCAGUGCUUCACUAACCAGAGUCCCUUCGUCCAUGUACAUGAUGCUUUGGUACUUCAUUGUGAUUGUGAAUGGUGUCAUUCCUUUGUUCUCCUCCUGUACAUCCACUGCCGAGCUCAUCGAUGAGCUCCCCGGUCAGCCGGACGGUGUUUCUUUCGAGCAGCACUCGGGCUACAUCGUCACGGAUUCUUGGCGUGGCCAUGCUCUGUUCUAUUACCUGGUGGAAGCCGAUGCAAGGAACCCGCUAUCCUAUCCUCUAACAUUGUGGUUCAAUGGAGGUACGGGAGUCCUGCUGCUAAUGCAUUACUGCUUGUGCUAUUGUUUGCCAAUUCUGAUUGACUUCGGUUUAGGCCCCGGUUGCUCUUCUCUCGGGUUCGGUGCAUUCAUGGAGCACGGUCCGUUUCGACCAGCUGGGGACGGUGGCUUGAUGAAGAAUGAAUUUUCCUGGAAUAAAGUGUCGAACAUGCUGUACGUGGAAUCCCCCAUCGGAGUUGGGUUUUCAUACUCGAAUACGACUUUGGACUACGUCGACUGGGGAGAUGCAGACACCGCCAGAGACAACAUGCAGUUCCUUCUCAGUUGGUUCGAAGAAUAUCCGAAAUAUAGAGACUCGGAUCUAUUUUUAGCGGGGGAGAGCUAUGCUGGCCACUACGUGCCGCAGCUUGCAGCUCUGGUGCUGGAUUACAACAAGCAGUCCCAUGGGAAACCGAUCAACCUUAGGGCGAUAGCACUCGGCAACCCACUUCUGGAUUCUCAGAUUAGUGUAGACGGUGCCACAUUUUUGUGGUCCCAUGGCGUCAUUUCGGAUGAGACGUUGAAGCUGAAGGAGACGGUGUGCAAUGACUCCAGGUACUUGAUGGAGCUAAUCCACCACAAAAUUUCAACGGAAUGCACGGAGGUGUUUGAGAAGCAGGUGGAGGAAAUGGGGAAUUUUACCGAUCCAGGUGAUGUGCUCGAACCUUAUUGCUUCUCUGGGACUGCCGCGAUGCAAUCGGCUUCCAGUAGCGCGUGGGAUGCGUACCACGCCAAACUAGCGCGAAGGAUGGUUCUUACUGAUCCGUGCCUCGGGGAUUCGAUAUUUUCGUACCUCAAUAAUCCUCGAGUGCAGAAAGCUCUCCACGCUAAUACAACGAAGCUCCCAUUGGCUUGGCAAUUCUGUUCAGGGUCUCUUUCUUAUCAUGCCGUCGAAUUAGGCACCAACAUCAUACCUCUUUUGUCGGCCUUAAUCAAGGAGCAUCUGCGAGUCCUCCUCUUUAGUGGCGAUCAAGAUUCGAAAAUUCCGUUGACGCAGACGAGGAUGAUCGCCAACAUGAUUGCUCGAGACUUAAAAUUCACAUCCUUGGGUCAAUACGCACCUUGGUACGACAAAAUGCAGGUUGGUGGAUGGACUCAGUCAUUUGGUACGUCCAGAAAAGGGAAGAACGCGACUCAUUUGACGUUCGCCACGGUUAGAGGAGCGGCUCACGAGGUCCCGUACACUUCGCCGUCGCAGGCUCUCACCUUGUUCAAAGCAUUUCUCGAGGGAUCCUCUCUACCGAAAGUGCCGUUCAAGAACUGAUCCAGUCGCGGCUCUUACUGCCUGCCCAGUUAGUGAAUGAAUAUGAGCGCCCAAAUGGAUAAUAAUAUCAGAGAGAGAUAUGGACAGACCGAAGAGAUUCAAGAACGGAAACUAGGUCAACGCAGUCUACUAAAUUAACUCUCAGCUUAUCACAUGAUCCUAUGUAUCAACUGGCAUUUCUUUAGUUUGACAUUGACAGCUCAAUUAGGCACAUCUGUAUACUUUUUAAAUUAUUGGGUGUAUCAAAAUUUAAUCACAUGCACAGUCCCAAUUGGUGUAGUGAGAUUCAAGUAGGUCAAUGGGCUGCUGAUUUUAGUAUUAUGAACCUGACAAUUAGGAAAUUGAUUUCUCAA